AUGGGAAAUAUCUUCUCGAACCUCUUUAAGGGCUUUUUUGGCAAAAAAGAAAUGCGCAUGCAUUCUCAUGGUGGGCUUGGAUGUUGCAGAAGGACCACCAUCCCGUACAAACAGAAGCUGGGUGAGAUCGUGGCCACCGUUCCCACCGUAGGCUUCACUGUGGAAACCAUGGAAACCAUGGAGGACAAGACCAUCAGCCUCACCGUGUGGGACUCAGGUGGCCAGGACAAGGCCCCGCCCCUGUGGCACCACCGCUUCCAGAACACACAAGGUCUCAUCUUCACAGCCGACAGAAGUGACAGAGAGCAGGACCUCCCCAACACCACGAAUGCAGCGGAGAUCACGGACAGGCUGGGGCUGCGCUCCCUGCACCCCAGGAACUGGUACAGUCAGGCCACCUGA